AUGUACGCUUGUUCCAUCUGGUCCAACGCCAACCUCAACGACAAGAAUCGCGCCUACACGCAUAAGACGAUAGAUGCCCUGCGCAGUAUCCAAGCAAGAGCAGCGCGAAGUAUAUGCGGAGCCUAUAAAGCAACCUCAAGGGCUGCACUUGACGUAGAAACGUUUCUCCUUCCAAUCGAACAGCAGAUCUGGAAGCACAACGCAGACGUAGUUACUCGACUAUCUUCGUCUAGGGACAUCGCGAAAACCGCAGGCUUUGAGCUAAGAGAACCGCCACUAGUGGCCAUG